UGCCUCUUAGUACUCUCACUCCUCUUGCCUCCAUGCUCAGCAAAACUUGGGUCACUCUCGCGUUUAGCGUCAGCCUCGUUGUCGCACAGGACUUCAGCAUCCCUUCGGGAUGGGCGGCGCACACUGUAUCCCAAUCUGAUGACACCCUCAAGACUAUGGCCAACAACCUCAUCGGCACGUUGUCGGUAGACGGAAACAACGGCGGCGUUCAAGGUAUCGGAUACUGGCAGUCUGCCAACUGGAUCUCUGGCAUGGCCAACUUCGACCACUUCAGCGGCACACAGACCCAUAAGACUGCAGUCACCAAUGCACUGAACGGCGCCUUCAGCAGCUACUCGAACUACGAUCAGUAUGGGUGGUGGGCGACCGCGGCGUAUUAUGGUUACAGAGCCUAUGGAGAUCAGAACCUGUUGAAUCAUGCGGUCGCCACAUGGAGCCACGUCUCCAACUACGUCAUUACGGAUGCCAUCGCGAGCUCUGGCAGCAUGUCUGGCAAGAGCUUCAAGGUCGCAGGCACUUGUGGUGGACAAUCCAUGGCUGGAGGUGUCUUCUGGCGCCCAACGGCGGAUGCCACUGCCGUGAACUCAAUCACGACUGGUCUCUACAUGGCCCUUUCUGCUUUCCUCGGAGAUGCUACUGGGGAUGCCAAGUAUACCAACGCGGCAGAUCUCAGUGCGAACUGGAUCCACACCGUUAACACCAACGCCAACCAACUUGUGCUUGACACCGUUGACGGGGAAAGCUGUACACGCUCGGCUGCUGGCUGGGUCUUUACCUAUAACACCGGCAAGUUCAUCGAGGGUCUUUCUGUCCUUUCGCAGAAGAAGACAAACUGGCAGACUCCUCUCCUUAACACGAUCGUGGCUGCGACGAAGAGCUCUCCGUGGCAGGGGGCCAACGCUGUCAUCACGGAGGGUGCGAGCGAUCCAUCUGACAACGAUAGCGUCGGUUUCAAGCCUGUUCUAAUCCGCGGGCUGCACGAGGCCUGGGCUCGCAAUAGCGGUAAUGCCAACCUCAGGUCCCUCGUCAAGGCCUACACGGAUGUGCAGUGGAAUGCGCUUCAGAACGUCAAGAACGCCAACAACCCUUGGUACUCGAGCAACUGGGCGGCGGGCUCUCGCCCUAGCCAAGUUAUUCCGUGGGGCCAGCUCGCUGCCAUUGACGUCUUGGUUUCGGCGACGAACGAGAACUAAAUUAC